GGGCACGUACCUGUUUGUAUGGCAACUAGCAUUGCUGCUAAUACCCAACUAGCUUUGGGCGAUAGGCCUUAGAAUAUAUGACGAUAGAAAAGGUAAAAAUUGUAUAAAAAGCUAUAGACCCGAACAAAUAUACUACUAUAUACUAUCUCAAAUUAUAAAGCACAUUUAUUUAUUGGUAACAAACUGACUAACCUUUCUCGUGGGAUGUCAGCCUCUGCACACAUUGCUACUACAUCUUUAACAACUGGAAUGCUGUUUGUUCACUGCACAGGCCACCAGGAGAACAACAACUUUUGCUCAGUGAACAUCAACAUUGGCCCUGGAGACUGCGAGUGGUUCUCCGUGCAUGAGAACUACUGGCAAGCCAUCAAUGACUUCUGUGAGAAGCAUGGAGUGGAUUACUUGACGGGCUCCUGGUGGCCUGUGUUGGAGGACCUCUACAACGCCAAAAUCCCAGUGUACCGUUUCAUCCAGAGGCCAGGAGAUUUGGUGUGGAUCAAUGCUGGGACCGUUCACUGGGUGCAGGCCGUGGGUUGGUGCAACAACAUUGCCUGGAAUGUGGGACCGCUCAACGCUUACCAGUACCAGCUGGCCCUGGAGAGGUUUGAGUGGAAUGAAGUCAAGAAGGUGAAGUCCAUCGUCCCCAUGAUUCACGUGUCUUGGAAUGUGGCCCGAACACUCAAAAUCACUGACCCAGACACAUACAAGAUGAUCAAACACUGUCUGUUGCAGUCCAUGAAGCACAUCCAGAUCCUACGUGACCAACUGGUGUCUAAGGGAAAGAAGAUCUCCUACCAGAGCAGAGUCAAGGAUGAGCCUGCCUACUACUGCAACGAAUGCGAUGUGGAGGUGUUCAAUUUGUUGUUUGUGACGAGUGAGAGUAGCAGCAAGAAGACCUACGUGGUGCACUGUGAAGACUGUGCACAUGAGCGCAGUCCCAGCUUGAACAACGUGGUGGUGCUGGAGCAAUACUCAAUGGAGGAGCUCAUGAGCACGUACGAUUCCUUUAGCCUGUCAUCGUCGUUGUCAUCCUCUUCCUCCUCCUCCUCCUCCUCACGGUGACACCACUUCCUUCCCGCACAUCCUCAGCCACAACCAAAACUCCUGCAAGUCAGGACAAAAAGUUAGCUUAUUUAAGAUUUGGUGUUGUUUUUUUUUGUACUACUGCUAAAACUUGCCGGACAGCCAGUUGAAUUUGUUUACGCCCUCUUACUGUUUACAAAUAAACACAUAGCAAACCGCCAAUCAAACUUCAGUUUACUCUCAGAUGGUGCUUUGUCUUGAAUACUGAACUGUACAUUUUUUGUGGUGUGCUGUCUUUUUUUAAAAUCAAAUAAUUUAUUGUUCUUUUUCCUAAACUAGAUAUAUAUACCACAUUGGCCUUGUCACUUGUAUUUAGAAAAGAGCAAAUGAAAAAAUACUAAUAGAGAUAUGGAGUUUUUUCUAAAGCAUUAAGAAUUUAAAAUUUUACAUUUGUUUGGAAUGAUUCAAGACAUACGGGUUUGAAUGACUUUUUUUAGGGGGGUGGGCGGGUUAUUUGAUAUUUGUCUGUGUUGUAAAAAAAAUCUUGUUUUUUUUUAAUGAAUUCUACAUUUAUCUCUCCUGGAAAUGAUUAACAUUCAAUUGUCAAACAUGAUCUUUUUUUUUCCAAAAUUCAUCUGGUGCUGAUUGCAAAUUGUACAUUUUAAUUUAAAAGCAUUCCCUCUAUUUAUUGGAUAUCAAGGUCCUCCCUAUUUUGACGGGGUUGUACAUGCUUCUCAGUUUUGAUGGUGCUUGCCAAUGAUGACAUUAGAAACAUCUUUCUCAAAAAUAACGCCACAUUUUCCUGUAGACUAGACACACACCGCUCACCUAAUUUUGUAUGAUGAUUAAGGGGAUUACUUGUUUUUCUUUUCCAAAGGUUUUCAGAAAGUCAUUUGUUUUGAUCAUUUAGGAGAUUAAUAAUUUUAUGAUAUAAUCUGAUGAAUGGGAUAGAUGGUGCUAAAAGUUCAUUUUUUUUGGAGAAAUCUAUUUUUCCUGUUGCAAUAUUACAUUUUUUCCUUCUUUGUGCUCAUCUAUUUAUAAGUGCACUGUUUUAGAGAGUUCUCACACACACACACACACACACACCAAACUGAGCCAGACAUGUCUUAAAACACUUUGUGAAUUUGUGUGACAUUACUAUGACUUAUUAAUAAACCAACAAGACUUGUAUUCCCUCUUUGUGUUUAUCAUUAUUA